AGAGACAGCCCACCAGCACUCGGACUACAAAACACGGAUUCAUUCAAAAACUCCUUAAACAAAAACUUCCAAACGCCACCGGAAACCCGUUCCAAGUGCGACUCGGAGGCCGCUGCGUACACCGGGUCGAAGUGGAACUCUGGAGGAGUGUUUAUUUGAGCUGAAGUGGGUCUGUAGCGUGAAGCGAUAUGGCGACCGCAACCCCGAGCCGCGCGACGGCCGCCCAAACACCGCUGAGCCCCGCGCGGAUCUCGCGCCUGCAGGAGAAAGAGGAGCUGAGCGCGCUCAACGACCGCCUGGCCGUCUACAUCGACCGCGUGCGCUCGCUGGAGCUCGAGAACGACCGGCUGCUCGUCAAAGUGUCCGAGAAGGAGGAAGUAACUACCAGAGAGGUGUCUGGGAUCAAGUCUCUUUACGAAGCCGAGCUCGCGGACGCACGGCGAGCGCUCGACGGAACGGCGCGUGAAAGAGCCAAACUUCAGAUCGAUCUGGGAAAAGCCAACUCUGACCUCGACGAGGUCACCCGCAAUUAUAAGAAGAAAGAUGGAGACCUGGCUUUGGCUCAGGCUCGAAUCAAGGAACUGGAAGCGCAGUACAACAAGAAAGAAGCGGCUCUCAACACGGCCCUCAGCGAGAACAACUCGCUGUCUGCCGAACUCGCCGACCUGAAGGCUCAGCUGGCCAAAGCUGAAGACGCUCACGCCGUGGCUAAGAAACAGCUGGAGACGGAGACGCUAGCGAGGGUGGAUGUGGAAAACCGCUGCCAGAGUCUGGCGGAGGAGCUGGAGUUCAGGAAGAGCAUGUUUGAGGAGGAGGUGCGUGAGACUCGCCGGCGUCGUGAGAAGCGCACGGUGGAGGUGGAUUCGGGCGUGCAGCAGGACUACCAGUUCAAGCUAGCGCAGGCGCUGCAGGAUCUGCGCAGACAGCACGAGGAGCAAGUGCAGAUCUACAAGGACGAGCUGCAGCAGACCUUCAAGGCCAAACUGGAUAACGCCAAGGUGUCGUCUGACAUGAACGAUCAGGCAGUGCUCACCGCCCGCGAGGAGCUCCAGGAAGCUCACAUGAGGAUCGAGGGCUUGAGCUAUCAGCUCAGCGCUCUGCAGAAACAGGCGUCUGCCGCCGAGGAGCGCAUCCGCGAGCUGGAGGACAUGCUGUCCAGCGACCGGGACAAGUACCGCCGACAGCUGGACGCCAAAGAGCGCGAGAUGGCCGAGCUGAGGGAGUGCAUGCAGCAGCAGCUCAACGAGUACCAGGAGCUGCUGGACGUCAAACUGGCCCUGGACAUGGAGAUCAACGCCUACAGGAAGCUGCUGGAGGGCGAGGAGGACAGGCUGAGGUUGUCCCCCAGCCCGUCCUCACGGGUCACGGUGUCCCGCACCACAGCGAGCAGCACUUCUUCAGCAUCACGUAGCUCCCGCGCCAAGAGAAAGCGCGUGGAGCUGGAGGAAACAUCCAUCGCUGCUCCUAAAGUCCAGAUCAGCCAGGAGGCCGAAGCGACGGGAAGCGUCAGUAUCGAGGAAAUCGACCUGGAGGGGAAAUCGGUGACCCUCAGGAACAACUCUGACAAGGAUCAAUCUCUGGGCAGCUGGCGACUAAAGAGACAAAUUGGCGAUGGAGAGGAAAUCGCCUAUAAAUUCAGUCCCAAGUUUGUCCUGAAGGCAGGCCAGACAGUAAAUGUGUGGAGCGCCGAUGCCGGUGUGUCCCACGGUCCUCCUUCAGACCUGCUGUGGAAGAGCCAGAGCUCUUGGGGCACCGGAGAAAAGAUCCUCACCUUACUGGUCAAUUCAGGCGGAGAGGAAGUGGCGAAGAGAACCGUCACGAAAAGCGUGAUAGAAAUGGAGAAUGGUGAUGAUGAGGAGGGAGACUUUGGAGAUGAAGAUCUCUUCCAUCAGCAGGGCGAUCCAAAGAUUCGAUCCAGAGAAUGUGCCGUCAUGUGAUGGAGCCGUGCACCUUUAGAAUUUUCCUCCCCACAAUUCAGUCUUUUUUUGUAGAGCCACUACUUUUGUAUUUUUCGAAUCAUGAGUUCAUAACGCCCCUCCCUCGACCCUUUAUUUGUACGGACCUCAUUUGUAAAGCCAGUUAAUCUUGAGCUGUGGCAAACUAUGCUGUUUUCAGCCGCAGAUCAUCAAUGAAUAGUCUUUCCAAACGGCCGCCGUAGCAGUCGAAGCGCUUCCCGAAGGCAGCGGUGUCCCAAAACGUAGCCUUGGUGAAUGCCAUCCGAGAAUGAGUCAAUGACCUGAAAUUAGAGAGUAUUUGUGCAAGCCGAUGACUAAUGAAUCUGCAUAUUCAUGUCAAUGAAUCAUGUGUUCUCAUCACUGCAGGGUUAUGAAUGGGGGAAUUAUUAUUGUUCUGUAGUGCUCUAUAGCCCGUAACUGACAGCUUAGCGUACCUUAUGUGCUUUGCCAACCAGAUGAACAGGGUGGAAACGAAACCAGAUUGUUUCGUUGACUUGUAAAUCAUUUAAAGUCAUGUGUUUCGAUUCAUGCUUUACAUAGUAUUAUGUAUUUUUGAAUCAGUGAUUGAGACAUUUUUUGAGAACAACCCCCCCCCCCCCCAAUAAUCUAAAUAUUCAAAGGAAGUUUGUAUGAAUUAACCAGUUAACAUACACAAAAGUUAACCAGAAUUUGUUUUCAUUCAAAUAUUCAAAACCUUUUCAGUUUAUUCAGUUAUUAAAAAAAAAAUCAGGUUGCAUGUUAAAUUUGAAGGAAUUUACCAUGUGGUUAAUGGUUAUUGAAUUCUGCAUUGAAAUUGGACCAGAAUCAACACACUUUUACAAAAGCGCAGAUGCUCAUCAAAUUUCCCUUUAUUUCUUGCUUGCUUCGCUCAAAUCACACCCUACUUGAGACACUCCAAAAAACUAAAACCCAUAUUUUAGUUGCUGAAUCCAGUGAGUAAUCUGCAUCCAUCCACCCUCUCGAUUCGGUUGCGUUUAAGUUUUAAAACUUUUUCUUAUUUUAAAUGUUUCUUAGACAAUUAUGCAUGUGGCGGAUAUUUUUAUAAAAAUAAAACAGAUCUGAGUGUUACUGUGAGAUCUA